CUUCCAUUCUCACGAAGUCGUUCCCCUUUUUCCACACCAUGUCGAAAUUGCACAUCAGCUACAAUCAGAUCCAUGAUUCUAUCCGUCAGUCAGUGGAGCGAUUUGGCAUCAAUGAGAACUUCAAGCCUGAUUUGAUGAUUGCUAUCGGUGGUGGUGGUUUUAUCCCUGCGCGUAUUCUUCGUACCUUCCUUCAUAAGCGCAACAACAGAAACAUCCCUAUCCAGGCCAUCGGUUUGUCGUUGUAUGAGGAAAUCGAGAUCGCCCAGAGCCAGAAGGAAGAUACUCCUUCGGCACCUCCUCAAGUCACCAAGACCCAGUGGCUUAACUUUGGUGCUUCUCACUCGGAGAUCUCCCUUUUGGGCCGCCGUAUCCUUAUCGUUGAUGAAGUCGAUGAUACUCGUCAGACGCUCGCCUUUGCCGUGGAAGAGCUUUUGAAGGAUAUCGAAGCCGAGGAAAUUCGUCAUGGUAUGAAGAAGGGUGAAAGCAAAACGGAGAUGGGUGUGUUUGUUCUCCACAACAAGGACAAGCCCAAGAAGCGUGAGUUGCCCCCCAAGAUCAUGGAACAUUAUUACGCUGCCGUGGAGAUGCCCGAUCAAUGGCUUGUGUAUCCUUGGGAUGCAUUGGAUAUCUUUGAACAUACCGAACAGGCUGAUCGUCAUGAGUAGAGAAAAAUAUCCUGCAUAUUCGUUAUCAUAUUUUUCUUAUUGUAUAGUUUAUAGAGUUUUGUCAUGUGUAGUGUUCUUUUUUUAUAUUUCAAGUUUGCAUUCGGGUUUUUUUAAAUAAUACAGAUAAGCCCUUCAUCAUCCACAUCAA